UAUAUAUUAGUAUAGAGUAUAGAUAUUAAAAAUGAACAAAACCUAAAUUUAUUUGUGCCAGGAUAGCAAGUUUUUUUGAAGUAAGCAUUUUUCUCAAAAAAGCUUGCGGGUUGUUGAUCAGAAGUGUCAUGUCCAAAAUAGAAUCUUUUAGAAGAUAUUUUGGUGUUUACAUUUUUCUAAUUGCUAUGGUUGAUGACUUUAUGAGCUUGCUUUGCAAAACAGACUUCCGUAGUCCUUGAAGAAUUCUGAACACCCAGAACGCAAACAAACAGUUCUUGAACAACGAGGCUUUAACUCUUUCAAUUGAAUCUUAUCUUCUCGCUUUUUUAAUAUUCAAUUUAUUUUUUUAUAUUGAUGAUUUGACAGAUUACUGUCAAGGUUGUAAGAUUUUUCAUGUUCCAGUUUGAAGUUUUUGAGAUUUUGUUAUAAAUAAUUGUAAUUAUUUUCUAUGAAAGUAAUUUAAAAUCAUCACAAUGUUUGAAUAUUUGAAGAAUCUAGCUGAUAGGUUUAUACUGGGUCGACCACCUAAAGAAAAACCACGUCCUCCAACUAUGGCUCGGAGAAUAACAAACUUGAUGAGAAACAACUUCAAAGGAUUAAUAGGGACAAUAGUACCUAUUAUAGUUUUGCCAUGGGAAUUUAAGCGCUAUAGCACGAGUGCAAAGACGGGGGUCAUGUGGAAAUUGAUGUUUUGGUUUCUUUUAGUCCAACCUGUUAAUAUUCCUGUCUCUUCAUUAAUACCAAUAUUUUUCUUACCACUGAUGGGCAUAAUGUCAAGCACGAAGACAUGUCAAUGCUAUAUGAAUGAAAACAUACUGCUGUAUCUGCUAUCGGGGAUGCUGCUACUGUUGCUGUCCAACGCUGGAUUUGAUCGUCGUUUAGCUUUGUGGUUUUUAGCCUCAGGACGUGCUCGUCAAUAUUCCCCAAGAAUGCUGCUUUUUAAAGUAUGUAUGGCUGCUUUCAUCAUGUCAAUGUUUUGUAACAGAUUGUUAGUGACAUCUAUCCUCACUCAACAUGUAAAUUCAGCGAUGGCGCAUAUGCAACUCUACCUCAAAGUCAAACCUACACCCAAAACCAAACCCAAAGUCAAAGAGGUAAUCCAUGUCAAUUUUGAAGAGUUACGUUACAUACUUAACUGUGCAAUUCAAACUUCAGCAGGAAUUGGCAGUAUAGCAAUUAUGCACUGCACAUACACAACAGUGUAUUUCCGUGCCAUUUUUGCAGAGUCUUCAAGUAAAUUUGAGGAAUAUCCCGAUAUUUUUAAUUACCUACAAUACUCGGCAUUCGCCUACCCCGUGGCCUGCACAGCGAUUGUUUUAAAUUUAGCAUAUUUCAUGGCGAUAUUGACAGUCGUGAUAAAACCACAAUUACCGCAUCGGUUUUUAGAGGAAUUGAGGAAAACAUUUGAAAAAUACAGAUCGAAGAUACCAAGGAUAUGCUCUAAGCAUGAAAGGCUUGCGAUACUCUUCACAAUGAUAUAUCUCAUAUGUUUCUUCUGUCGAUUUAGUUUUUUUCAUACUGGAUGGGCGGAUUAUAGAAUGGAUGAGUUUUCUCCAACUAUAGCCAGGAUCAAAGAUGCCACAACUGCUGCAAUUUUCGUACUUUUAUUACAUACUAUACCUAGGUCUUAUGGAUUUCUAACGUAUAUAGAUGCUGAUAGAAAAAGUGAAUUGCCUCCUUGUAAACCAGAAUCAGCUAUUUUGUUUUGGAGGUAUGUCGAUACUAACACCAACUACGGCUACAUGUUUCUAUUCGGUUCUGGAAUUGCGCUACAGCAUGCCAUACGUGUAAGUGGGCUUCAAAGGGAAUUGGGAGAAAAUUUAGGCGCACUGAUCACAAACCGACCGUGGUUUAUAGGACUACUUAUCGUUUGUGUGAUAUCAGGAGUACUAUGUAAUAUAAUGCCCGGAGUAGCAGCAUGCACGUUGUUCUGUCCCUUCGUUCUUAAUAUGAGCGUUGACGCCGUUCUUCCUUGGCCGAUAAAGUCAUACGUUGCAGCAUUAGGUGUUGGGAUCGGAACUGCUUUUGGGUUCUGCUUCCCAUUUCGAUACACCCCAGCUUACUUUUGUCACUAUACUGGAAGAGUUCCAGUUCUCAAAAUGUUCAUUUAUUCCUUUCCUAGUGUCUGGAUAUGUAUCUUAACUCUAUGGGCAUAUUUAGUUAUAUAUGCUCCAGUUAUAUUCGAUCCCGAACAGGAAGGUAUUUUGCCAGCAAAUGCCCCGUUGGACAGUGGUGGAACGACACCAAAGCCAGAGGAGCUAAUGUUUCAAAUGUAGAAUUUUAAUCAAGGAUCAAGCAUUAAGUGUAUAUAAUAUAUUAGUGGUGAUAAAUUUUCUGUAGAUAUGUAUUUAAUUUUGACCUAUUACACAAAUAAAAAGUCCAAGGUAUCUAAGUUUGGGCUGGUUAAGUCACUUAUUAGAAAGGUGAACUGAUAAGUGAGGAUGGUCAAAGUCGUGAUAAAUGAUAGAAACUGCCAAGCGUGACAUAUUUCACCCAGCAUCGAUAAUGUUGAUACGCUUUUGCUUCAAUUUUCCUUUAUUGAACUUAGCCUGUUCAAUGUACAUAUGCCUAUGCAUUAUUUUGAUGCAUACAAGAAAAUAAUAAAAAUAAUAAAUCCCUGAAAGAUUGAUCUUUCGUCGGUUUCCUUUUCAUUCGGCAAUCCUAGUAUCCCGUAUCGCCUAGUUUGUCUUUGUAUGUUAUUCUUGUAGGUAGGUGUAUUUUAUAGAUAUUAUUAUUAU